AUGUGGCGGCUCUUCGCCUUCAUCCUGCCGGUUAUCAGGCUUUACUUCAUCGGUGUGAAAGUGCUCAUCUACCAGCUGCUCCACAAAUCCUUCACUUUACCAGUUUUGCCCAGACAGAAUGGGAGGGUUGCCAUAGUGACGGGAGGAGCCAGAGGAAUGGGCUAUGAAACUUCUCGGCACCUGGCGAGCCUGGGCACGCAUGUGGUCAUCGCUGGAAAUGAGGAGGAGGAGGGUCUCGUUGCGGUGAAGAAGAUCCAGAAGGAGACGGGACACAGGAAAGUGGAGUUCAUGUACCUGGACUUGGCCUCCUUGAAGUCGGUGCAACAGUUUGUGCAGAGAUUUAAAGCCAGGGGUCUGCCUCUACACACGCUCGUCAAUAACGCUGGUGUUAUGCUGGUCCCGGAAAGGAAGACAGAAGACGGAUUUGAGUUACACUUUGGACUGAACUAUUUGGGACACUUCUUGUUGACCAACUUGCUGCUUGAUGUGCUGAGAGAUUCUGGGCAGAGUAGGGGGUGCUCCCGCAUCGUCACAGUGUCCUCAGCCACUCAUUAUGGAGGAAGACUUGACCUAAACGACCUGCAGGGCAGGUCGUGUUACUGUUCCCAUGGAGCGUACUCUCAGAGUAAACUGGCCCUGGUGCUUUUCACUUACCAGCUACAGGAGCGGCUGUGGGCUCGAGCGGAUCCAGUAACGGCUAACGCCGUGGACCCAGGCAUGGUGGACACGGACUUGUACCAGAACCUGUGCUCUCCUGCUCAGCUGGCCAAAAAACCCGUGGCCAAACUCCUCUUCCGGACUCCGGCUGAAGGAGCGUCCACGGCCGUGUACGCAGCCGCCGCCUCUGAGCUGGAAGGGCUCGGCGGCCUGUACCUGUACAACGGCCAGAAGAAGAUCUCCUCAGCAAGCUCCUAUGAUAAGCAGCUGCAAGAAGAGCUGUGGACCAAGAGCUGUGCGAUGGUGGGCCUUCAAAAAGCCUGAACACCCAGAGGAACAUCUGAACAUCUUCCUGAUGAGCAUUUGGAUCAUGAUUACGAUGACAAAAGGUUCAUUUGCUGGCAGUUUCAUUUUGCACUUUGUCUCAUACCUGGUAUAUCGUGUGAUAACGGAAGGAGGUAUCACUUCAUCCUUUGUAGCAGUCGCUGAAGAUUGAUUUUUCUGUCUGAAGGGAACUAUUUCUCAACAAAAAAGGACAGAAAGUAUACCAUUUCCAAGCCCGGUGUCAUGAUUCUGCACUAUGUGAACUUUUAUAACGUUAACGCUGAGAACCAGAAUCAAUGCAAUAACAAGUUCUAAUGAUUUGCCAAGCUUUGGCUUUUAAAUUACUGUAAACAACAACAACAAAAAAAAACAACAAUCAACUUGACCACGGUCAUGUACUGCCUCAAAAAAAAAAAAAAAAAGUCCAAAAUGGACGACGCUCUGCCUCUCUGUUUUCAUUUCCACCUGCUUCGUGGGGGGAAAGAAACCUCGUCUUGUGCUGUCUUCAGUGGAUUCCCCUGUUCCCGUGUGCUCCUUUUCUACUGUCUAAAUCAAACACGCUCGAACACUUAACGAUGGAAACCAACCGAGUGCAAUUGAAAACAUCACAGACGCACAGCUGGAAGGCUACAGCGGGGGGAAACAGUUAUUUCUUAAAGCAUUGUUUGUUUUUUUUUCCCACCCUGAAAUUCUGUGUAGCGUCUCGGUAGCUUUUCCCAACGCAGGUACCUCACUCGGGCCUACCGACUCAUUUCCACGAGGAUGUCGUUUUUUUUUCUUUUCUUCUUCUUAUUUUGUCUGUCGUUGGUGACUGUGAUGUGUUACGUGAUCGUGGUGUCGGAGCAAUCAACUAUCAGCUGUAGUGUUCUUUAUUUUCCGCCAUCUAGUCGUUCGCGUAUCACGCAACCGAGUGAGAAGAAACGUUUGAAUCGUAUAUAAGCGUGAAUACGGUAUUCGGAGUGUUUCGGUACCAGGCGUAAACGACUCAGACAUCUCCUGAGUAACACUUCGAAUCCGGCUGGUCGAGGUCUCGUUGUGAAUUCACGGCGCUUUCUUCGACGGAUUAUUUCGGAUAAAUGAAAAGAUGAACGAUGGAAAGGAAUAAAUACAAAAGACUUGUGUAAAAUACGAGUGACCGGAACGUGUGAACUCCUCCGAUUGCUGCUUCGCCCUGCAGAAAAUGUCACUUGUAUCCGUGUCAGAUGUUACAGUGUCAAGUGUACGUGUCCGUAUUAAUGUGUAAGUGACCAACGAGUCGAUCAAACAUGCUCAGAACGCUAUAACAGUACGCUUAACAGUAUUUCACGCCAUUGGAACUUCUGGUUUUAACCAAUCACGAGUCAGGUUCUCUUUGAUCCCAGCGUAUUGUGCACGCUAAUCAGUCGGAGCGAUUUGGCUUUCAUCCCAAUCGCGAGGGUAAUUACAGCUGUAAUUGCAGCCCUUGCGUGAUUGCUUCCUCGCUCGGCUACCAGUCGGUUUAAUUAGAUAGCGAUAAGAAGGUAAGGAAUAGAUCUGUAACAAUAUUUAGGACCGAUCAGAAACGCAGCUCAGAAGGAGAUAAUUGCACACACGCUCUUGAUUUUUUUAUUUUUUUUUAAAGGCAACCACCGCUCACUGUGAACGGCGCCGUUAUGGUUUGAUCGUCAUUCUCAACCUCGUAACACUCGACACGAGUGGAGCGUGCUGUCGAGUGGCGUGGAAGUGUCAUCGGUUCUUAAACGGAGAAGAAGAAGAAGAAACAAAAAGAAGAAUUCGUGCAUUUCCUUUUCGGUUGAAAUUUCAAAAAGAAACCUUGAAAUCAAUGCUACUUCAGCUGUCGUGUCUUUAUUUGAUGUGCGAUGCUGGUGGGUGGGGAAUUCGAAUUUAUUUUUGUGCAAUGAGAAAUGGUUCCCCUUUUCCGAAAAAGAUACUGUCGCCUACAAGUCGUGAAAAAUGAUUGACGUUUUGGUUUUGAAAUUGCUUUGUGUACAUCACCCAGGUGUUCUUGUGAUGACUGGCAUAAAGAUGUCAUAAGCUGUG